CCAUCACGGACUUUCCAUCCAAGGCUGAUCUAGAAGAGUUACAGUAUUGCGCAGCCUGACGCGUUUUUUUAGUGAGCAGUCACCUGUCGGUGGUACGGCAUGAUGACUGCAGUCACUUCACGGAGCUUCGAAUUCUCCCACCACUUAAAUGAGUCCACGCAGCCAGCAAUCACCCCACAUCUUCCUUUUCCACGUUCGUCGGGUCGGGGACCGCCAGGUGUUUUCUCUAGUGUUGCAGGUAGUAUAAUGUCCAACUCCUAAACGCCAUGAAAUCCGUCGACUCACUCUUCCGCCAGCAUGAAGCCCCAUCACAGACCUUUCGCCGUCCACCGCAAGAUUUCCAUAGUCUCUUUAGCGCUUCUGUUCGUUGCUUUCCUGCUCCUGCUCCUCGUCGGUAUUUCUUUGCCGAUAAUCAAAACUAUAUACCUCAUCCGAGUCUAUUCAACGGCUGAGAGGAACCAACCAGCGACAAGCAUUGCAACAGAGCUGCGAUUCGGAGUAUGGGGUGUGUGUGCAACAAGUGCACUGAACCGACCGUCUUUGUUGACGAAUGAUGGAGAGUGUUUUGGCCCAAGGCUUGGUUAUGAUAUACCUUCAUCAGUAACCGAACUCGUGGGCGUGGAUGCAAGUCUCGUCCAGGUCGCCUUGAAGGGCCUCCUGGUCAUCCUCAUCCUUCACAUUGUGGCAGCGGGACUAUCCCUCGCCGCGCUCAUUCCAGCUAUGUGCCUUGGAUCGCAUGCUUUCGCCAUUGUGGCCCUCGUGCUCUCAAUGAUCACAGCAAUUUUGGGGACCGUCGUAUUUGGGGUGGAUCUAGCCUUGGUUCUGGUACUCAAGAAUAAGCUGCCAAGCCUGUCAAGUCAGGUUGACCUUGGGAUUGGGUUUGGUAACGGAAUUUGGAUGGUCUUAGUCGCCGUGGUUUUGACGUGGGUUGCUGUGAUAACGCUUUCUGCCAGAGCGUGCUUCUGCUGCGGAGUUCGUAGAAAAUCGUUCAAGUAUUAAUGAUCUGGCUUGCAUGGGCUCUUACGACUAUCAUGAUCUUUACCCUUAUGAUUCGAAUCAAUGGAAACUCUGUAGCAUAUAUUUGAAGAUUCAUUGACGUAUGAAUAGGCUACGGUAGCACCAGCACUGUAUACCCCAUACUUCCUCAGAAUCUGUUUCU